UGGAUGACAGAACCGAAACUUAGAGAAGUGAGCUGAGCUGAAUCGAAACGGAGCUUAGAUAAAGACGGACGCAGGGGCCAGAGAGAAGCCAGACCGAGCCCAUACCGCGGUGUGCUGGGUAUGAUGGACUCCAUAGAGGCUGGAAACGCCAUUUCCCAACUCAACAACUAUGCGCAAAAACACCGACUGUCGCUGCGUUAUGAAGACGUUGGCUGUAAGGGAGACGACCAUAAUAAAGAAUUCACUAUGAGAGUUGUCCUAGACAAGAAACCCUACCCCUGUGGUUCGGGAAAGAGAAAGCAGGAUGCCAAGCUGAUCGCAGCCCAAAACGCUCUGAAAUGUCUGACUGGGGACCAACAUCAGGACACAGCAGAAAGUUCAGCAGAAGCUUUUUCACCUACAAGUCAACCUGCUAUCAACUACAUAUGUUGGCUUAAUCAGUACGGUCAAAGAAACAGGGUGACUGUAAAACCAGUGGAGACAGCACGGCCCGGACCCCAGAAUACCACUCAAUUUUGCAAGUUUAUAGUUGGCGAAAAGGAAUACCCAGAAGUCUCUGGAAAAACAAAGAGAGAAGCAAAAGAGGAAGCUGCCAAGCUGGUGUAUGACAUGUUACAUGCUGAUCAAUCUGCAGAGGUUGGAGAUUCUCCAGUUCAGCAAAAUCAGAUGUUAAGUAAAAACUUGAUUGAUGUCAGUGUCAACCUAAACAACCUGAGUUUAAACUCACAAGACACCAGCUUUCAGCAGACAAACUACAUUGGGAUUAUCAACCACUACUGCCAGAAGACAAAUAGCAUUUCUACAUAUAUACCAGUAGAAAAAAAAGGACCUGCUCACGCCCCUCAAUUUUCCUACAGAGUAAAAAUUGGCACAAAGGAAUUCUCUGUUGCUGAGGGUAACACUACUAAGGAGGCUAAACAGAGGGCAGCUCAGCUGGCAUGGUCCGAGCUUCAGGAACAGUCGGAUUUCGACAGCAAGGUGUCUGUCAGAUCAACAACCUCUGAAGAUGAAGGAGCAUCAUCAUCAUCACAAUCAGCCCAAUCAGUCCAUCACAUCGAGUCAGCUGAGUCAUCAUCACAGAACAUGGAUACGGGUGACUCGAUAAUAUUUAUUGAUUCCUCCAAACCCUCGGAUCCCAAGAUUGACAGACCAGCUGUAUCUGGAGAAAAUGCAUCAUCGCCCAUGUCACAAGAGUCUACUGAGCCGUCACAGAGCGAGGCGACAGGUUCAUCUGACCGUGCCGAAGGUUCUUCCCAACCUUCUACAAACCAGAUUGAUGUGGAAGAACACAAAUGUGCAAAUGCAAGUUCCCCAUCAGUCCAGUCAAGAUUCACAUCAGAGUUUGAAAUCCUCGAUUAUCUUGGUAAAGGAGGUUUCGGUUGUGUUUACAUGGUAAAGGAAAAACUGCUGGGCAAGGAUUAUGCUGUGAAGAUCGUUCCAAGAGCACAAAAAGCUUUGCGAGAGGUGAUGGUGUUAUCUGAACUCCAACACGACAACAUUGUCAGAUACUACAACUGUUGGGUCGAGGAUUCAAAAGUGCAACAAGAGAGAAUCCAAAAGAAACUGAAAGAUGAGAGAUCUGAAGAGUACCUUUUCAUUAAGAUGGAGUUGUGUAACUCUGCAACCCUUCGACAAUGGAUUAAUGAGAUGAAUGAGAAGGAUCUACAGCACUCCCAGAGAGGAGCAGAAAGUCUUCCUAUUGCUCAGCAAAUAGUCAGUGGAGUCGAAUACAUUCACUCCAACAACCACAUUCACAGAGACCUUAAGCCUAGCAACAUCAUGUUUGGAAAAGAUGGGAAGGUGAAGAUUGGGGACUUUGGUCUUGUCACCACUGACAGGAGUGAAGAGUGGACGGACAGAACUCAAGCAACAGGAACCCUAUCAUACAUGGCUCCAGAGCAAAAGACUAAAAGAUAUGAUCGUAAAGUGGACAUAUUUUCUCUGGGGCUGAUCUUCAUUGAACUCCUUUGGAAAAUCUCAAGUAACCACGAAAGAUCAAAGACUUUUGAAGAUGCGAGAAAUCAGAAGUUUCCUGAAGGGUUUUCACACGCUUUUCCCCUAGAGUACCUAAUGAUCAAAUCUUUGCUGUGCGAGAACCCCGAAAAUCGACCUGAAGCAAGUCAACUAAAGGCAGUUCUGGAGAAAUUAAGCCAAAGACAACAUCUGCACCUGGAAAAUCACAGUGUCUGACUGUCAAAGAGUGAAAGUUUGGUUGGCCAGGAGGAAGAGAAGCUUUAUUUUCUCAUGAUAUGCGAGGAAGGUUGUCAACAAUAUGCACUUUUGAGGAGUACGUCACAAAAAGUACAUCACAUCAGAAAAUUUAGCAAAAAUUAACAACAUAUUAUGAUUUUAAAAUGUGUCUUACAUCAAUUACAAUUUAAAUAAUAAUGGUUGCUCUAAAUAACCAUUUUUUGCGGGAUUUUAACAGCGGGUGUUCUUGUUUUUCUCUGGAAGCUAUUCAGCUUUUGUAAGACCUAUUAAUCAUAGAAGUUGUUCUUUUUUACUAGGAUUGUGUUUAUGCUGGAGGGAAAAAUUACGGCAGGCUUGUUUGGUUGGGUGCCAGAAAGCAAGCUGAACAUUUUUAUUAAACUGUUACCCCUCUGAAACAUACAUUAUGCCUUCAGUUUUGCAAUAUGAUGCACUUUAAUUUACUGUUUAUAAAAUAAAACAACCAGCUGCUCUAGUUUUUAAACAAUGUACAAAAAUAUGUUUAAAACUAAAUGUGUGCUAAGUCCAUAUUUUAUAUUUUGCGUAGCUUUAUAUUUCAAAGUUUAAUUUUUUUAAAACAAAUGUUCUUCCGUUUCAACAACCGAAUUGACAUUAGUUAAAAAUCACGUUUUAGUAAACUGGACACUGCCGUUGUGUACUUUUGUUUUUUUGGGUGUAAAUAACAGACGUUUCAUACCCGCUUAUUACAAAAGUCUACAACAACGGGUCAGAACCAAAACCAAUAAAGCAAGGUAUAAUAUUAAAGGUUCAUAAGACAAUUAAAGACAAUUAAAUUGAGUUAUAUGUUUGCCCAUUUUUUCUAAUUGUUUUGCUCCAUAAUUCAUGAAAAGACAUAUUUAAAAAAUAUUGACAUACGUGAUUGAAAAGUACACUUUGAAUGACUAUGAAUGAAAGUCCUGAAAACAGGAAUGUUGUUAGACACUGUCAUUUUUAUUCUGAUGAAUCAUGCCAUGUAACCAUGAAUUUAGGACUAAAAAUUCUGUUUAAUGAUAUAUGUCCUGUAUGUAACAAUAAUGGAAAAUAUUACAAGAUUUUUUCUUACCCUGUAAA